CCUCUCCGCUGCUGCAGUGUCUCCGAGGCAAGCAGGCAAGGCGGCCUGUCUUAAUCCGAGCGCGGCUCCGGCACUGCUCUCUGCUCCCGAAAGCAGCAUCCUUCCGUCGCCGCCGGCAUGGCUGGCGUCAGCUUCAGCGCGAACCGCCUGGAGCUGCUGGCCUCAUAUCAGGAGGUGAUCGGGGAAGACAGCCCCACGGACUGGGCUUUGUAUACCUAUGAAGAAGACUCUGAUAAUCUGAAACUGGCAGCCUCAGGAACUGGUGGCCUGCAAGAGCUGUCUAGCCAUUUUGAGAACCAGAAGGUGAUGUACGGAUUCUGCAGUGUCAAAGAUCCGCAGGCCACCCUGCCUAAAUAUGUCCUUGUUAAUUGGGUUGGAGAGGAUGUAGCUGAUGCCCGCAAGUGUGCCUGUGCUAGCCACGUGGCCAAAAUUGCAGAGUUCUUCCAGGGUGUGGAUGUAAUUGUCAAUGCUAGCAGUGUGGAAGACAUAGACCCGGGAGCUAUUGGUCAGCGACUCUCCAAUGGCUUGGCGCGCAUUGCCAGCCCAGUGCUGCACCGCCUUCGCCUGCGCGAGGAUGAGAAUGCCCAGCCUGUGGGCACAGUCUAUCAGAAGACGGAUGCAGCUGUGGAGAUGAAACGCCUCAACCGGGAGCAGUUCUGGGAGCAGGCUAAGAAAGAGGAAGAGCUACGCAAAGAAGAAGAGCGGAAGAAAGCCCUGGACGAGCGGCUGCGUUUUGAGCAAGAGCGCAUGGAGCAGGAGAGGCAGGAGCAAGAGGAGCGUGAGAAGCGCUACCGGGAGCGUGAAGAGCAGAUCGAGGAGCAUAGGCGAAAGCAGCAGACCCUGGAAGCAGAAGAAGCCAAGCAGCGAUUGAAGGAGCAAUCCAUCUUUGGGGAGCAGGAGGACGAUGAAGACAGGCAGCAGCCCAAAAAGUCUGAGUCGGAGGUGGAGGAGGCAGCUGCCAUUAUUGCUCAGCGGCCUGAGAACCCUCGGGAGUUCUUCCGGCAGCAAGAACGAGUGGCUUCGGCCAGCUCUGAGACACCCUCACCCUUCAACAGAACAGCAGGUCGUCUGCACUGUCCUUUCAUAAAGACACCUGACAGUGGGCCGCCUUCUUCUUCCUCUUCCUCUUCCUCCCCUCCACGGACUCCCUUCCCCUAUAUCACUUGCCACCGCACACCAAACCUCUCUUCCUUCUUCCCAUGCAGCCAGACGGAAACACACAGAAAGGCCUCUGCCUCUGCUAGUAGCCCCUGUGACUCCAGUACGGCUUCCACGCCAGUGGGUGAGCAGAUUGAGCGUGCCCUGGAUGAGGUGACGCAACAGGAUGCUUUAAAAGACUCCUCCAGCCCGAGCAGUGAAGAGACAGGCAUGGCAUCUGCUACGAACUGGGCUCCCCCCAGUGAAGAACAACCAGUGGAGAAAGCAGAAGAGCCUCCUGGGGCUACAGCCUGGCAAGGCCCUGACUGGACAGAACCACAGCAAAGUGGGACUGACCCUGUUGAAGACGUGGUGCUCCCGGAGUCCAAAGAAGAGCCUCUCUUCCCAGUAGCCCCGCCUCCCAAAGAAGAGCCUCAGUUCCCAGCAGCCCCGGUCCCUGUGCAGAGUGAGGAUGCUUUAGAUCUGGGGGAGGCCUUUGGUUUUUCACAACCGCCUGCACCCCCCUCUGAGAACAUUCUUGACCUGUGGCAGAAUGACAGCACCGUCGCGGAACCCAACCCUCCUGAUGCCUGGGAGCUCCAGCAGGGUGGACCUCCCACUCCAGCCCCGUGGGAUCUUCGUGAUGGGCCUCCCAUGCCUGCCCCCAUGCUGGUUGAGGUGGAUGUCCCUCCAGGGGCACCAGAGCCCCCAUCUUCUGCAGGCCUUCCUGAAGAUAACCUCUUGAACUUCAACGACCUGCCUGAGCCCCCAGCAACUUUCUGUGAUGCAGAUCAGGACGAAGAGCCAGCAAGCAUUAUUGCUGUUGAAGGGCUGCAUCAGAUGACACUCAGCUACCAGCAUGCCCUGCAGGAAGCCUCCGGGGUGCACCAGGAGCCCCAACUGCUCACCAAUGGGGAGACUGCCCAAAAGGAAAGCACGCAGACCAGCGAGGGCUAUUUUAGCCAAUCACAAGAUGAAGAUUUUAACCAAUCAGAAGAACUCUCUGCUAAAGCUCCUCCUCCAGUGUUCUACAAUAAGCCCCCAGAGAUUGACAUCACCUGUUGGGAUGCUGACCCAGUGCCAGAAGAUGAGGAGAGCUUUGGGGGCAGCGUUUAAGGCUGACUCUCAGGCCAAACACCUCAACCCUGCACCUAGCAAGUCCAGUGUCUGCAAGCCUGGAGCAGCCGCAGUGAGGGCCUGGUGCCCCCUUGCUCCAUAUUGUAGCCCUGCGGUCCAUGGCCUCAGAUUGUACCCCGGCCAGAUAGAAAAAUCUGGGAGGGGAGAUAACUUUUUCCAGUGCGCGCUCUUUCUCUCUCUCUCUUUCUCUCUCUCUCUCUCUCUUUCUCUUUCUCUCUCUUUUUCUAAUGGUGUCAAAUAGGAAAUGUGUAAAUCUGCCUGGUCCCCUCUUUGUUGGUAGCUUCCCUGCAGACCCCUUUCCUGUUGCCUUUGCCCAUGGGGUUUUUUCAGAUCCCUCCUGUCCCAAUGCCAUUUAUGCCAUUUGGGUUGAUCUCUUGAGAUGGGGGUGAGGUGUGCUGCUCUUGGGGGAGGAUGGGAGGGCCUUUCCUCCACUCGGACUCUGCCAGAGUUUUGAGUAUUUUGCACGAAUUUAAAAUAAAAUAUGGCAAUAAAAUGGCCCUGUGUGGGCAAGGCACUGGCUUCCAUCUCUUCCCUUCUCCACUUGGUCCCCAGAGGCCUUGUUCCCAGAGAAGCAGAAGCCCUGUCCAUUCUGGGUUCCAGCAAACGUUAGCAGCAAGAGAAGUUCUUUCCCCCCACAGCUCAGCUCAGCUCCGUGGCCCUCUGUCUGAGAGCGAGCCUGUUCCAGACCCUUCUCCUCAGGUCUUUGUUUGCCCUGAGAGCCUGGGACAAGGGGACACUCUGGAUGGGCACCCUUCUCCUUUCUCUUUCUUCUUUCCUUGUCCAUUCCAUGCUUCGUUUUCUUUCCCUCCCGUACAGUAAUUGUUUUUUUUGAAAGCACAAAUUCUGUAACAGCAAUGUGCUUAUGUAUGUUAAUAAAUAAAUUGAUUCCAAGCAGGGCAGCUGGCUUUGAAA